UAACAACACAUACAUCGGCCUUCUGUUUACUCUAAACCAUUAGGAAAAGUUUUUAUAUCAAAAACACAGAAAGAUGAAGGUCCAACUGAUAUGCUUUAUCACUAUAUUAAGCAUUGUGUCUUCAACAUACGGCAAGUCCUCAGCACAAUAUUUCUGCGGGAGACGUUUAGCUAACACCUUAGCUGUACUCUGCUCAUACGACGAGGUUUCAAAGAGAUCUAGCAACUCGAUUGAAUCUAUUUUUGAGACGAACAGAGAUAUAUACGACGAUCAAGAGUCACAGAAGGAUCUGAGUUCGGGCGAGUUAGUGCAGUGGAGCAAGUUUAUCGAAAGCAGACGAGUCAAAAGGGAUGCAUCAAAGGACUCUGUACAAAAUGAGCUCUCGGAAAAGGAAACUUUGGACUUGAAAAGAAAUAAUUUGGGUGCGAAUGCUAACGAUGAUUGGAAGAUGCAGAUGCUGCAAGGCUUUCGUCACAAGAGGGGUGUCGUCGCUGAGUGCUGCGACCAACCUUGCAAACUAGACGAAUUGCUCACUUACUGCUGAAAAACUGAAGUCGUUUAUUUUUUACUCCGCCAUGUUUGAAUUGCUGUAUGUUGUUGUGUUCCGGAGAUGUUUUAAAUAAAAUAUCUGCUUAUUGAAGG